AUGGCCUCCCGUGGAGGUGCUGCCAGCCCAGCCGCCGGAUUGGGCGGCGGGGAGUUGCCGCCGCGUCCGCCCGUAUUCCGCACCGAGGAGGAGCGGCGGAAAUGGGUCCGCUCGGAGGGCGCGCGCAAGCGCAGCUCCCGCCGGUGGACCAACAGGGGGCUCACGCCCCCGGGGAAGCUCGCCAAGUACGCGUUAGGAGGCGAGGGGUCCUCCACCGGCGGUUCACGACGCCUCCGUUGGUCCGGGUCGGAGGAGGAAGAGGACGAGUCGGAGGAGGAAGAGUCGGAGGAGGAGGAGGAGGAGGAGGAGGAGGAGGAGCAGGCGGAGCUGGCUGUCGUCGCGCAUACGGCGGCGACGGUCGUGUCCGCCGAGGACUACGUCCACGAUGACGAGGAGGAGGACGCGGUUGUCGCUCAGGUGGCGGCCGUGUCCGCCGCGGAGGCCUGUCGACGCUGGCGCCGCGACGAGGCCGACGCCGUCCGGCAGGUCCAGGAAUACGAGGCGGCGCGCCGUGAAGAACGCGCCCGCCGCUUCCAGCAGGAGAUCGUCGAGCUCGACGACGACUAG